AUGAGCCUACAUAAAUUACCUUUAUUUGUAUGGGCUAUAUUCGUAACAGCAAUAUUAUUAUUAUUAUCUUUACCUGUUUUAGCUGGUAAAUUAAUUCUGCCAGCUCUAAAUUUGGCCGUAUGCUGGGAACUCUUAACUCACCAUUUAAUUUUGAGUUUAAGACAAUCAGCCGGAAACCUUAGCUAUUUGAAUGGCUUUGGGAUCCUCAGAGACUCUACGCCAGAAUUUAUCUUUUGUAAUUUAAUUUCUUUUCAUAAAAACUUUUCCCUUUUAAAUAAAUCGGAUUUUUCUGCUUAUUUAGCAGGGUUAAUUGAAGGGGAUGGAACUAUCAUUGUACCUAAAUCAACUCGAUCUGAUAAAGGUAAAUUGAACUAUCCUUCGAUACAAAUAGUUUUCCAUUUAAAAGAUUUACCGUUAGCUAUGCUAAUUCAAAAAGAAUUAAGACAUGGUUCUUUAUCAAGAAAAAAAGGUGUAAACGCUUAUAUUUUAACAAUAAAUAACUUUGAGGGAUUAAUUUUAAUUUGUAGUUUAAUUAACGGGAAUAUGAGAACACCUAAAAUACAUGCUUUAUCAAGGUUAAUAGAUUGGUUAAAUAACCGAUUUGAAACUUUAAACCUCAUUAAAUUGCCUUUAAAUAACUCAAAUUUAUCUGAAAAUGCAUGGCUUUCUGGGUUUAUCGAAGCAGAUGGACAUUUUUCGAUUCGAACAACAGAAAAGAUUAAAUAUCCUAGAAUAGAAUGUAAAUUAGAAAUAUCUCAACGUCAAAAAGAUCACAAUGGUUAUGACAAUUUUCAAUUCUUAUCUUUAAUUGCUGAUUUACUGUUAACUGAAGUUAAAUCUAUUCGUAUGGAUAAAGAAAAACCAGAAUAUAGAUUAAGAACUACUAGUUUGAAAGGUAAUUUAAUAUUAGAAAACUAUUUACGACAAUUUCCAUUAUUUGGAAGUAAAUAUCUAGAUUCGAUGGAUUGGUUAAAAGUUUUGAAUAUAUUUAAAGAAGGGUUACAUAAAGAAAAUAAUGAAAUUUCAGGAGAAAUUAAAGAAAUUAAAUCAGUUAUGAAUGAAAAACGUCAAGAAUUUGUUUGGGAUCAUUUACAGGAAUUUUACAAAUUAGAUAAAUAA